GCCAUGGUGAAGCGGCUGCGCAAGGGCGGCGGCGACCGGCCCAUGGCGUCCCGGGAGAUCGACCUCGCCAAGCUCGACAUCCACCACCGGGAAUCGCCCGGAUCCUUCGGCAGCUUCUGCAGCGCCACCUACAAUGGCAGACAGGUCCUAGCUAAAGUAUUGGAGUGGGGAGAAGAUGGCUUUAUGACAGAGGCUGAAAUUUCUACUCAGAGCGAAGCAUUCAGGAAGGAGGUUGCUGUCUGGAAGGAUCUCAAACACCGAAGUGUUGCAAGGUUCAUCGGUGCAUCAAUGGAUACCACUGACCGUAGCAUUCCGGCCGAUAGCGGCGAGAGCAGUGCACCCAGAGAUCUGCCAGAGAGAGCCUGUUGUGUUGUCUUUGAAUAUCUCUAUUUAGGAUCACUGAGACGAUAUCUAUAUGCUCACAGGGCGAGAAAGAUCGGAUACAAAAUUGUGGUUGAGUUUGCGUUGGAUUUGGCCAAUGGACUGAGCUAUCUUCACUCGAAAAAUAUCGUGCAUCGGAAUGUCAAACCUGAGAGCAUGCUUCUUGGCACAGAGGAGGCGGUCGUUAAGAUUGCCGACUUUGGCUUCGCCUGUGUGCAGGCUAAGAAUCCGGAGGACAUGACAGGCGCACUCGGUUACAUGGCCCCGGAGGUUAUUGAGGGCAAGCCAUACGACAGGAAGUCCGAUGUUUACAGCUUUGGGAUAUGCUUGUGGGGGAUCUACUGCUGUGACAUGCCGUACUAUCCAGACAUGAGCUCGGUAGAGGUCUCGUUUGCUGUUGUUCACAAUAAUCUGCGACCCAAGAUCCCACGCUGCUGCCUGACCCGGUUGGCGAACAUCAUGAAGAGAUGCUGGGAUGCUGACCCUGAUAAGCGGCCCGAGAUGAAGGAGGUGGUGCAUCUACUGGAGGAUCUUGACACGACCAAGGGUGGGGGCAUGAUCCCGGAAGGGACGAACCCCGGGUGCUUCUGCUUUUUCAGACCCCGGCGUGUAGGUCCAUAGAUUUGUCUCCAGCAAGCGGCAUUGUG